AUCAUCAUCAUCACACUGGUUUGUAUGUGAAUGAAUAGAUAGAGCCGCUGCUGCUGUGAAGCUCCAUCAGGAAGCAGCAGUGUGUUUAAAUAAAGCGAACGUCCAGCCUCGAUAUUAGCAGCACUGAAUCUCACUUUAAGUGUCAUCAGGAGGAAAAGUGCAGUUACCAAAGACAGUCAUGAUGGCACACGGGUCUCCUGAGGGCUGUUUGGAGUCAGAGCUCACCUGUCCCAUCUGUCUCCAUCUCCUCCUCGACCCGGUCACUCUUCCCUGUGCUCACAGUUUCUGCCUGGUUUGUCUGGAGACACCAGAGAGGGACAACACUUCUGGAUUUGAUCAAGCACUUUGCUGCCCAGUUUGUGGACAGGAACAUCUCAGCCCAGAGUCCCUGCCGAGAAACAUCAAACUGAAACAGAUAGUUGAGAACUACAAAGCCAGCAGCAUCAGUGGUGAACUUCAGUCCAGUGCAGAAGACAAGCUAAUCAAUGACCGGCCAUCUCCAGAAGACGCUGAUGUGUGCAAAUCAACAGAUUCUGGGAAAAGCUCUCUUGUGGAGACUGAAACCAAUGAACGGAGGUCUAGACUGAAUCCCGUCAUAACUAGUCUUCAAGAAAAGCUGGCUCUAGUAGAUGAUCUGGCGAGUAAGGAAAAGGCCAGAGAGGCUGCGGUUAAAGCAGCACACGCAGAUCUGAGGAAAGAUGUGAGCAGCGUAUUGGAGGAGAUCGCAGAGCUGGUGAAGACCUACAGCACGACUGCUUUGAAGCUUCUGGAGGCCGAGUUGAGACCCAGAGAAGAUGCUGUUGGGAAAAGAGUGCGAAUGCUGUCAGACCUCCAGAAGCCGCUGAGAUCUGCUGGACUUCAGGUCGACGCGUUAAUGGACGAGAUGGAUGACGCGUGUUUUAUUGAUGGAGUCCGAGACGUGGAGAACCAGGUCUCCAGCUUGACCCUGGAGCCUUUGCAGGACUCCUCAAGCGAUCUGGAGUUAUCCAGCAGUUUGAAGAAAGUCUGUGAGAAGAUCGAGCACCAAAAUACCCAACUCCGUCUCGGACUCGGAUCCACUCAGCGGGCCUUACGCGUCGUUCUCAACCCAUCCGAGGUCACCUUCGACCCCGAUACCAUCCAUCCCAACCUGGUCUUAUCCGAAGACCUCAAAACGGUGUCUUUUAGCGCAGCCAAACAGCCGUAUCCGGCCAGAUCUCGGAGGUUUUCCAGUUUCUUCCAGGCUUUGAGCUCCCAGAGCUUCGUCCGAGGAGAACAUCUCUGGGAGUUCCAGGCUGAAGGCUGUGCUUGGGUUCUGGCCGUGUGUUACGGCGAACUGCCCAGAUCUGGUUCUGGAAGCGGUCUGGAGAGCAGCGCUGGAUCCUGGUGCCUCAUGUACUGCGAUAACCUUCUGAGGGCGUACGAGAAAGGAAAGGACACGCCGCUUAGACGCACGCCGUCUCUGAAGAGAAUGGAGAUACGCCUCAGCUUUAGCACUGGCACUUUAGCGUUUUACAGCGUCAGUGAUGUGAGUGGAGAUAAAACUCACCUGCACACUUUUAAAGUCCGCUUCACGCAGCCGGUGUAUCUGGCUGUUAGGAUGAUGUCUGGUCAACCCAAAGCACACAUCACUGUAAACUAGUGAUUGAAGAAACCCACUUGUUUCUGCUUUCACCUUAUGCAUCGAAUUGCUCAAAUAAUUUCUUAGACCUCAUGCAUCCGUUCUUAUCCCGUUGUCAUAAUGUUAUGAUGCAAUACGUCAUUAAUGUUCACUUACGUAUUGAAUGCAUCAUUCUACAAUAGAUUGUCACAUGCAUUCCGUUGGAGUAUUUCAUUUGAUCAUAUACAGUGUUCCUCGGUGUAUGUUCAGUGUCAGUUCAAUGCAUGUGAUGUUGCAUUUAAGCAUGUGGCAUUUGUUUAACUUCAAUAGUACAAGACCACAUUACAUUUAAAACAUUUUGAAUUCUGUUUCUGUGCUGUGCUUUUCUUUUAACAUGUGUAUUAAUACUUGUUUCUGUCUAAAUUUAAAUAAA